AUGUCUACUCAAUUACCUCCUGCAAGUAAGAAGCAGAAAAGGGAAGCAAAAGCUCCUCGUGAAGUGGGCAUCAUACCGUCUGACUUACCCAAUGUUUCUAUACGUUUCGAAGCUCUAGAUACCGGGGAAAAUGUUGGAGGUUCUUUAAGAGUUCCAGGAGGCAUUACUGAAAAACAGCUCGAAGAAUUAUUGAAUCAGUUGAGUGGUACUUCGGCCGAUCCCGUUCCAUAUACGUUCAGUUGCAGUGUGCCAGGUAAAAAAAAAAAUGAUCCAAUUCGAACAAUUGAUAUUGCCGAUAACAUAUACUCAUCGCUUUUAAGGCCAGGCUAUAACACCACUGAAGACCAAAUCACCUUGAUAUUCUCACCAAAAGCAGUGUUUAAGGUAAAACCUAUAACGAGAAGCUCAUCUGCAAUUGCGGGACAUGGAUCCACAAUUCUUUGUUCUGCCUUUGCGCCAAAUACCAGCUCUAGAAUGGUGACUGGCGCAGGUGACAAUACUGCUCGUAUUUGGGACUGUGACACUCAAACUCCAAUGAUUACCUUGAAGGGGCAUGCAAAUUGGGUCCUUUGUGUCUCUUGGUCUCCCGAUGGUGCACUGGUUGCGACUGGUUCAAUGGAUAACACCGUAAGACUGUGGGAUGCGGUGACAGGAAAGCCACAUGGUGAUGCUUUAAGAGGGCAUUUAAAAUGGAUAACAUCUCUAACUUGGGAACCUUUCCACAUAGUAAAACCAGGUGAGAGUCCCAAAUUGGCUAGUGCUUCCAAAGAUGGAACCGUGAAAAUCUGGGACACGACAAGAAGAGUUUGUACCCACACCCUGAGCGGGCAUACGAAUUCUGUGUCCUGUGUUAAAUGGGGAGGGCAGGGUAUGUUAUAUACAGGCUCACACGACAAAACUAUCAGAGUCUGGGAUAUGAAAGCUGGGGCAAGAUGUAUCAAUAUACUCAAAUCGCAUGCCCAUUGGGUUAACCAUCUAUCUUUGUCUACAGAUUACGCUUUAAGAGUAGGCCCAUUUGAUCACACAGGUAAGAAGCCUGAAAGCCCCGAAGAAGCUAGAAAUAAAGCAUUAGAAAACUAUGAAAAGGUCGUUAAGAAAAAUGGUCAAGUUGAAGAACUGAUGGUGACAGCAAGCGAUGAUUUUACGAUGUUCCUCUGGAACCCGUUGAAGUCAAGCAAACCACUGGCGCGAAUGACAGGUCACCAAAAACUGGUCAACCAUGUGGCAUUCAGUCCCGAUGGCAGAUCAAUUGUCUCCGCCUCGUUCGACAAUUCUAUUAAAUUAUGGGACGGUAGAGACGGUAAAUUUAUUGCCACUUUCAGAGGGCACGUCGCAAGUGUGUACCAAGUGGCAUGGUCUUCAGAUUGCAGAUUACUCGUUUCUUGCUCAAAGGAUACGACUUUGAAAGUCUGGGACGUUCGAACAAAGAAGCUUUCUGUGGAUUUGCCUGGUCAUCAAGAUGAAGUCUUCACGGUUGAUUGGAGUGUCGAUGGUAAACGUGUUUGCAGUGGAGGCAAGGACAAAAUGGUGAGACUCUGGACUCAUUGA